CGCGCGCCCCCGGGGGGCGGGCCCCGGCACGCGCGACAUGGAGGAGCGGGGCGGCCGCGCCGACGGCUUCAGGAAGGAAACCGUGGAUCGGCUUCUCCGCCUCCAUUUCCGAGACGGAAGGACCCGAGUUAACGCCGACGCGCAGCUGCUGCUGGCCGAGUUGCUGAAGGUCUUUGUCCGAGAAGCGGCGGCACGGGCAGCUCGGCAGGCUCAGGCAGAGGACCUGAAGAAGGUGGACACUGAGCAGCUGGAGAAAGUGUUGCCACAGCUGCUUCUGGAUUUCUAGAGGCUUCCUGAAGCACAGGUCACCUGUCAGCAGACAGUCCUGACCUGACUCAUGUCUCUGCCUCAGAGACACUCUACGAGAAAGUCUCAGCUUUUUCUCUCUCUGCCAUUUUGCUUCUGUUUCCUCUCACCUUUACCAAGCACAACAGAGCCCAAAGCAAUGAUGCUGUCGAUAAUAUUUUUGAGAAGAGGCUGCCACAGGCUUAUAUUUUGUUUAGCUGAGUGCAUAGCUGGUUUCCAUCUUGCUGCCUCACUCCUGUAACAGAGGCCUGUAUUUCACAACAUGGUAAGAUGCUGUUGCUUUCUCAGAUGUGUGAAAUGUGAGAAAGAGGUGCUGCUUCACAGAGGUGCAGGGGAAGAAGAUUUAAUGACUGGAAAUAUCAUCCAACCUUCAGGCUCUCAUUGCCUCAAGCAGGCAGCUGUAACAGCAACUCCAGGUGCAGCUCCAAGCCUUUCCAAUGAAUAGGUCAUUAACAGGAGCUUAGGCACAGGCUCUUGCCAAGAGCAGGUAACUGGUCUUUAUUUUAUAAAUAAACAGUGUCUGUCUCUCACUA